UAAUGUAACGUGAGACGUUCUUUUCUGUAAGGAGGCUUGAAAAUGGUCGAGAACAAUACAGUCCACACAGUGUUAGUGACCUGUCGGCAGUCCGGCCAGAUUAUUUACUGUUUUUAACAUGGCACAGAUGGACAAACUCCCAGAAGAGCUGCUCAGUCGAGGCCUUCACCGCGUUACCGUCACCUGAGUGGGGGACCCUCGCAGGCAGCGCCGCGGAGAACGUUAAAUUAGCAUCUCCACUUUGUGUGGAGAUGAAAAACAGGACACCAGCGAAAGAUUUCUACUACUGAGUUGGAGAGCUGAGGCAAUGAAGCAAGCUGAAGGAGUGGAUGAGAAAGAUACGACAGGAUUCAUUUGAAAUGGUCUUUGUCAGCCGUUCAUUACUCUACAGCUGCGCCUGAUCAAACAUGCUGGUGUUGAAGGUGGAGCUGCACAGCUGUGUUUUACAACUACUUCCCCCAGCAAAUUAACAGUUUAAUUUUAAAGACUGUUCCAUCCCUUGUGAAAGUCAUAUGGUGGUGCUCAGUUUGAUCUUGAUGGAACAUUUUGGCACUAACACUACAGACCAGGAUGUCAAGCGAUGAACUAACAAAAAGGUCCAUGCGUGAUGAUCUAGACCAAGAUCCCAUGAUGGAAGAGACAAGCAUGCCUAAUGACUCUCGGAGCGAACAAGAUGGUGCUGAGCCAGUGGGGAUUUCCAAAAAUGACUCUCCUGAUCAUCCUAAAGUUCCGAGUCCACCUCCAGUAACAUCUCUUGGUGACCAAGGGGAAAAGCAAGGAACUGAUAAGUCUCCCUGUGGUGUCCUCAGUGAUGAAGCGUCUAUAUCAAACGAUAGUGCUUCCACAGAUAAUCCACAGGAAAGAAGGCGUAACAGUCAAGAUCUUGCCAGUUCGGAGAUGCACGUUGAAGAGUCUGGACCAGUAAGUGAGAAAAGUAUGCCUGCAGAUGAUGAUGACUCUGAUGAGGCCACAAAAAGUUUAUCCCCUACGAAUAUGUGUGAGCAGAAACCUUUGAGUGACUGCAAUUCUGAAGGGAGCGAUACAGAUAUGAUGACCGAAAAUCCAACCGAAAGGGAGAUUUCCUCUCCUCGUGGGCGUCCACGCAAGGAGAAGCGGAUUAUAAAAUGCGAGUACUGUGGACGGCCGUUCAAUCAUGCUUCAGCGUAUAUCAUCCACCGGCGUGUCCACACGGGCGAGAAGCCCUUCAGCUGCCAGGUUUGCAGCAGAGCCUUUGCUCAACUCUCCAACCUUAGGUCGCACAUGAAGGUCCAUAAUGCUCCGAGAAUUCUAAGCUUGCAGCAUUCUGGCAAAUUCCAAAGCAAAACCACUGUGGCUGAAAGUGUGACCCAGAACCAGCCGAUUGUGACUGCAAGUUUUCGAAAUGACACCCACAUUAAAAGCAGUGGCCCUUUCCGCAGGAGCAGAAAGCCUGUAGCUUGUCCUAUCUGUGGAAAAAUCUUUCCCUACAAAUCGGUGCUUAAAAUACAUCUACGGAUCCACAGUGGGGAGAAGCCGUACUCCUGCAGGGUGUGCGGUAAAUCAUUUACACAGGCGUGCACUGUUCGGGUACAUGAAAGGGUACACUGGUCCAUCAAACCUUUUCUGUGUUCCAAGUGUGGGAAAGGAUUUUCCCAAAUUGGGACGUUAAAGGCGCAUACAUGUGCAGGUAAAAAGCAAAUUCAUGCUACUUUAAAAGAAAUGGAAUUGGCUGGUGUUGUUACCUUCCGAUGUCACCUGUGCAGAAAGUGCUUUAGCACUAGAGAUGAAUACGAUCCUCACUUGCAGACACAUACUGAUAACCAGCGUUACAUCUGUGACAGUUGUGGUCAAAAGUACAGCCUACGUUCUGAGCUUGAGACCCACAAGAAAUACUGCUUUUCAAUGUGGCUCUCGAAGACCAAGACAUACAGUCGCCAGUCUUUGGUCAAGUCUCAGGUGAAACAUCCUCCAUCUACUAAAACAGUUCAAAGCUCACAGCCUGAAAGUACACCUGUAAAAUCCCCAAAACCAAACUUGGCUGAUUUCUCCUCACCUAAAAGAUCUAAAACGCCACAAUCUGACUUUUCCCUGCAACCAAAGCGUAAAAAAUACCUUUCUUUGCUUACUUGCCCUCCUAGGGUGAUGGCCACGUCUAUUUACGACCCUCAAAAUAACCUCAGUCACUGUCAGCCUUUCAAAGCAAGUUACUUCGUUUCUCAGUUAAACAGUUUGGACCAGAAAUCUGACCCAAGGAAAUAUUUGUGUCCACGGUGUGGACGGCUCUUCCGACACGUUGGACGGCUGAGAGCCCACAUGCUUACUCACUCCCGGGGCAAGAGUUUCACCUGUGGUGACUGUGGGAGGAUCUUUGAAAACUGGAGCAAGUUUUGGCACCACCAGCGCGUGCACAAGCAGAGACGAGGCCGCUUCUUUUGUCCCAGAUGCGGCCAGGGGUUUCGCUUUGCGAGCAUCUACAUGGAUCACCUGCAGCAGCAUCCAGAGCUCAAUGCAUUUUUCUGCCCAUUCUGUCCUCACACCUUUGCAGAUGCUAAAAGUUUGAAAAACCACCAGCAAGAGUGGCAUCGCUCAAGUAUGCCCCAUAUAUGUGACAUUUGUGGCAAAGGUUUCUCAAGUCCUGUCAUCCUUAAGCGACAUCGAGUGGCGCACUGUUUUCAAAACAGGCAGCUGGACAUGCCUUACGUAGUUGAUGUGCAGCCCUUUGUGAAGCCUUAUGAAUGUGGCAAGUGUGAUGCCAGUUUUAAGACAUUGGAUAUGCUUUUUGGUCAUCAGCUUUGCCACUCCCCUAAUGGUGACCUAAGCGUAAGCUUGAGCAAUGGCAUCAGUCACAGACAUGACGAACUGAAGGAAGAGGAACACUCGCCACAAAAGCGCCAAGAAAACGAUCUCCACCUCAGUGCUUCUACCUCUCACGUGGAUACUUCAGAUCCAUGUCAAGACAUCAGUCAGGGCAGUCCCUCUGCUUUCUCGACGGCUACCCCCACAGAUGCAGUUAAAAUGCAACCACAGCAGGACCUUGACUCUAGUGUUUCCCAAAGUACCACAACUUUACAGCCUUCGUCAUCGGAUUCUGAGUCCAUACCUCUAGAAGUAGAAGAGGUAAAAGAGCUUACCUACAGGACAACUGGGGACACUAUUCCAAACCUCAGUGGUACAAUUCUACGGUCCAAACCGGAGCAGAAAGCUGGGCACCUGGAGUGCACAGAAUGUGGUGCUUCUUUUGCUGUUCUUCCAGCUUUGCAUAGACAUUACUUGGAACAUGCUAGGGGAGAGAUAUAAAUGACUUUCUAAAAUGAUGCCAUGGCUAAAAUGCCUCUGGUCAUACUUUGGACAUUUUGAAACACUAAGCAGAGGUUUUGUAUGGGAGAUACUUUGCACUGUAUGUGGAACUGAACUGUUUGCUAUGACCUAAACAUGAGUAAUGUUCUUCUGAGUAGAGCACUAUUUAGACGGGAUUGGUAGGUUUACAUGGGAAGGUUAGGAAACGUAAUGAUCCAUUUUCAAGUAAUUUUAGUCCCGUCCAAAUUCACCAUAUCAGCAAAUUUUACCGUGAACUCCCGAUCAAUUCCAUUUGUUUAUCUGCCACAAAACAUACUAUGAAAAUAAUCUCAGGUUAUAUUCAUUCUUCUUCAUACACCCUGUUGAAAAGGAGUAUAGCCGAGCAUUUACCUGUCUAUGCCCCAAAUCAAGCCGAUAUGUAUUCUGUCUCAAGUGUAUGACUUCGAACAGUAAAAUGUGCAAUUGUGGUUGAUUUAUGUAGUGAUGCUGACUUUUGGCUGUAAGUUUCCACACUAUUGUCAAUGCUAAUUACACACUUCAUUCGCUUAAGACAGAUAACCCAGAAUAUUCACUUUUCCUGACUUGACUCUUGAGUCUUCUGAAUGUCCUGCACCAAACUGCCAGUUAGUUUGGGUUGUGAUGUCACAGCACAUGAGUGUUUGGUUGCUUCUGAUUGGUCAGCUUAUGGACAGACAGUUUGCAAACUCUGGUAUUGGGUUAAAUGUCCCCACUUGCAGCAUAAGACAUUAACAAUGUAGGCUAAAAUAAAAAUUGCAGUUCUUGCAAAAGAUUCAUGCACUGAAUCUUUCAGCUCUUCCCAGUUGUCUUUCUUUUUUGAUCAAAUUGCUAGAACUAAUACAUUUUGCCCCACCACUUUUGGAGGUGUAGCGCCACCCCUGGUUUGAGGUAAACCAAAAUUCGAUUAAAUUAAAUGUUUGGACAUGUUUUCUAAUUCUAAACAGCUGAAUGUAUUGCAUGUGGAACUUAUUUUUUUUUUGGUGUGACAGUGAUGCGCAAACCCACUGUUCACUCUGAAAUUCAUUUUUAAGACUUUUCUUUUGUGAAUCAGUCCAUGAACAUUACAGAUGUCCCUGAGCCCAAAGCUACAUUACCUGCUCAUGUUAAGCUAAUCCCGUCUGAAUAGUGCUGUAGACCGGCAUCAUGUUAACAGUGCUAUAAAGUCAAACAUGGGACCUUACGUGAAGCAGUUGUUUCUAGGAUCUCAAGAAGUUUUAAUAAUAAACUGAAAAGACGUUUCUCAGUUGCCCCACCAUCUUGCGAUGAUCUUUGCGAGAUGCUGACAUUUUAACCUGGUAGUAGUAAGUGUACUUUGUAUUUUUUAGUUUUGUACAUGACCUUUUUGUAUCAGGUUUUAAUUUAAGCUAUAUAUCUGUACCUUUUUUAUAUAGCACUUGUUUUUCCUGUAGUGCAUGUUAGGAAAAGAAACCCUAAUAAAGUUUUGUAGAACCUUU